CGUGGUGGCCUCCAGCCCACAGACUCAGGGACCCUGAGUUUCAGGAGGCCUAUUUCGAGCAGCUUCUGGACCAUUUCAACUUUGAGAGGUUUGGGAACAAGACCUUUCUUCAGCGGUUCCUGCUGACAGAGAAGUUCUGGAAGAGGGGCGAGGGGCCCAUAUUCUUCUACACUGGCAACGAGGGGGACGUGUGGUCCUUCGCCAACAAUUCGGGGUUCAUCCUGGAGCUGGCAGAGCAGCAGGGGGCCCUGGUCGUCUUUGCCGAGCACCGUUACUACGGAAAGUCGCUGCCUUUCGGGGAGCAGUCCACGGGGCGCGGGUACACGGAGCUGCUGACGGUGGAGCAGGCCCUGGCUGACUUCGCAGAGCUGCUCCGGGCGCUGCGGCAGGAGCUCGAGGCCCCCGACGCCCCGGCCAUCGCCUUUGGCGGCAGCUACGGGGGGAUGCUCAGCGCUUACCUGAGGAUCAAGUACCCGCACCUUGUGGCGGGUGCCCUGGCGGCCAGUGCCCCUGUGAUCUCGGCGGCAGGCCUCGGCGACCCCUACCAGUUCUUCCAGGACGUCUCCGCAGACUUCCAAGGCCAGAGCCCUGAAUGUGCCCGGGCCGUGCAGGACGCGUUCCGGCAGAUCAGGGACUUGUUCCAGCAGGGAGGUGAGGCGGCUUCCCCACCCUGCCACCAUACCGCCUCCCUGC